CCUGUCUUUUUUCUUUCAUCAUCGAAUAGCUCGGGACUUUGGCAUUUUGGCUGGAUUCAGCGGCUCUGUUCUAUGGUUGAGUCGCUCUGGUAACAUGGCUCACAUCUUGCUUACGUAGGCGGGGUUUGCCAACUGUCAAUUUCUGCAUUCCAAUUUCAUUUCAACACGCCAACUGUCUCUUUCUGACACCAACUUCGACCUCUCCAACCUCAACGUCUCCAAUACACCACCAGCCCGCCAUGACGUGCUUACUACCGGGCCUCGCAGAUGAAUUACAACUCCUUAUCAUCGAUGCCAUCCAGGACCUCGACGCCCUCGACGACCCCGAUACACAAGGCUACCCCAAAACGCUUCUCAACCUAAGCACCACUUGUUCGCGGUACCGCGCACUUCUCCAGCCGAAUCUCUUCGACACCGUUACACUACGCAACACCGUGGCCAGCGCAGCUUCGAUCCAAGCUCUGGCAGUGAGUGAGUACAUUGAGAACGUCAAACACCUGCAGUUCAAGGGAUCUAUCGAUAUGCGAAAAUUGGCCGCUGUCAUGGAUGGUGUUAUAUGCUCUCGUGGAGGUUCCAUCGGUGUCUACAAGUACCAUCAGGCCGCAGCGGCGGUGGUCUUCCCGUCGCCUGUUCGUGACAUCUUAUCGAAUCUCAGGCUGUUCCCGAAUCUGGACACGUUGACGCUCAGCUUUGGCGUCGGCUUGACAUGGUGGCCCGAACAUACCAAUUGCGGUGGGGGAGAGGACGCAAGAACACAUCCCUAG